CCGCGCAUGCGCAGACGCGCAUCAAAUCCCGAACAUCAAAGUCCUCAUGACGCCGCAGCAGCGGACAGCUGGAAAGGAGCUCAGUGUGCAGCAGAUUCUGUAGGACAACAUGGCAGUGGAGAAGCGUCUGGCGUUCUCCAUCGUGCAGUUCCUACGAGAUCAAACCCAUCGCGGUGCUUUAAAUUCCGACGAGCAGGAGAGCCUCGACGUCGCCAUUCAGUGUUUGGAGACGACCUUUAAGAUCAGCCCCAGCGACUCCCACCUCGCCGGGCCGCAGCCUCUCGCAGACAUAUUCCUCAAUUCCCUGCUGAAGAAUGACAACAUCACCAAACCAGAGACCUCCCCGUCUCCAGAAGUCAUUGAACGAGCAGAGCAACUUAAGAAUGAAGGCAACAAUCACAUGAAGGAGGAGAACUACAGAUGUGCAGUGGAGUGCUACACGAAGGCCAUCGACAUGGACCUGAGAAACGCCGUCUACUACUGCAACAGGGCUGCAGCUCACAGUAAACUGGGCAACUACACCGAGGCCACUGGUGACUGCGAAAGAGCCAUCGGGAUCGACCCCACCUACAGCAAAGCCUACGGCCGGAUGGGUUUGGCGUUGACGGCCACGAACAAGUACCCGGACGCCAUCGCCUACUUCAAGAAAGCUCUGGUGUUGGACCCCGAGAACGACACCUACAAAUCCAACUUGAAGAUCGCGGAGCAGAAGCAGAAGGAGGCGACCAGCCCGACAGCCGCUGGACUGGGAUUCGACAUGGCCAGUUUGAUCAACAACCCCGCCUUCAUCAGCAUGGCAGCGAGCGUGAUGCAGAACCAGCAAGUUCAACAGCUUAUGUCAGGAAUGAUGUCCAACGCAGUCGGGGGUCCAGCAGGCGGAGUGGGCGGACUGUCGGACAUUUCCAGCUUAAUAGAAGCGGGUCAACAGUUCGCCCAGCAGAUCCAGCAGCAGAACCCGGAGCUCAUCGAGCAGCUGAGGAACCACAUCCGGAGCCGCUCCUUCAGCGGCAGCGCCGAGGAGCACUCAUGAUCCACCCAGGUGAUCUGAGUUUUCAAACCCUUCCUGAUCUCGUGGAACAACAACAACAACAACAAGAAAGGAAUAUAUUAUUAGCACUAAAAUGCAUUAUUAUUUUUUUCCAGUCACGCGUUAAUUAAUUUUUUUCCGAGGAAGGUCAACCAUAUGGCGCGAUUACAAUCUCUUCACCCGUUUCUUGAAAUCACAUCCGCGGCACAGCUGGAACAGCUGGAACAGAGACGAGGAUGGGACCCCGAAGGCACUUUACUGCGAGUAGAGACGAAGAAGCCCCCCCCCCCCCCCCCGAGGGACCGGACCGCCAAAUGAAGCAUCCCACCCACGUAGGGGCGAAACGCGAGUCAUGAAAAGAGACGAGAACUCGUCAGUAAAUAAAUACCGUCCUCUUUGUGUCUGCAGUGAAGGAUCCUUCUGUCUAGUCGUGGCACCCGUAAGAGGGUUAGGGAGGAAUGUGCUUUUACGGCAUCGCAGGGAACAUCUCAGCUAUUUUCCCUCAACACAGAUCAGAUUUAUAUUGCACAUUGUUUACAUUUAAUAUUAUUUUUGUAGAGAGAACCAACACUCGCUUAUUGGGACCUCCCGUCGCAACCUUUCACCAAGACAACCAUGUUAUUGUAUAGCAGUGUUUGCAGCCUGCAUUGUGUUGUUAUUGCACUUUAGAAAAACAUAAAUAUCUCCACAUUAAGCAUAUUUAAUCGUUGAAUUACUAGUGACAGAGUAUAAAGAUUGCUAAUUUUGCAUGCUCUUAAAUCUGGUAUUUGGGAUCAGAUGCUUUAUUGAAGCAAAUAGGUAUGCUAGGGCGACGCAAGGUUUUGUCUAAAAACAUGUGAAUAAAUGUCUUGAAAUCCA